AUGUACGACGACUCAUGGUACAGCUUCGUGCCCGACUUCAAGGGCAAGAAGAGCAGUGGCUCACAAGCCCACGCCCACCGCAGAAAAGAGUCGCUACUCCAACAGCCCAACGGAGGCGCGCAAGCGUCCGACGCCAUCGGGCAGUUGGAUGCACUGGCCGAGGACGAUGAGGAAGAUGGCCCAUCCGACCCCUCCUUGAGCCGGCGGGCGAAAUCAUACUCGGACUUUUACGAUAUUGUGCGGGAGCAGCUGGGGAAAGAUACGAAGAAGAAACGGAGGAAGAGAAGGGACAGAACCUGGGACGCCCUGGCUGUUGAGACAGCGGGUCUCCCUCGCACCGCUCGUCCCGACGACGACACCCCUUUCUUCGAAGUCCUCCAGGAUGAGUUGCUCGAGGCCAGCCAGCAGGAGUAUAUCACGUAUCGCGACAAGCUGGCCCUGACGGAGCGGCACCUCGGCACCCUCAUCGAGGAUACGGACGGGGCACUGCACAUCCUUGCUUCUCUUGCAGAGUCAUUCCGCGCCGUGGAGGAGCAAACAACCUCGUUCCAGUCCCAGUGCGACGACCUGCUAACGGAGCAGCGACGGCUUGAGAAACUCGCCGACGAUGUUCGCUCCGACUUCUACUACUAUGCAUACCUCGAGGAGGUCACUCGCCGCCUAAAUGCUCCGGGGGCUAGCCGUCUUGCUGACGGUGCCCCGUUUUCCGAGAUACUGACAAACUUGGAGUCUUGCAUCGACUUCAUGGCACAACACCCGGCAUAUCGCGAUGCCGAAUCCUACCAUGCUCGAUAUCAGGCCCUGCUGACGAAAGCGUUGCACCUCCUCGAGGUUGGCUUCACCGCACUCCUGGAUAAGGUUUCGGGCGAGGUCUCGAAGCAGAUUGCGGCCACGCAGUCCGAGUCGACUCGGCACGCGCUAGCGUAUGGUCGCUUUGAGGAGAUGAUACUUGAUUCAUACUCGCUCAUUCCCAAUAUCCAAAAGGUAGUCCUACAGGCAUACGACCGUGGGGGAAACCACCAGUCAGGUUCCUGUGUCGAUAUGUACACCAACACAGCCAAUAACCUUUUGCGGACCUACCUGGCGUCGCGGGACCGCGAUCUUCGCCCACUCAGCCAGGCGGACCGUGACUCUUUCAAGGAAGAGUGUAAGGAGGCAUCCAUUGAGACAGCGUGUCGCAGCUUCGUCAAGCAGUGCUUCGAACGAUCCCACAACGAGGCUAUGCUCUUCGCACGUGUGUUUGGUAUCGACCCUCACUACAACCCUGAUGCAGAGUCGGCAUUUGCGAUUGUCAAGGCGCACCGCAGUGACACCGUCAGUGGUGUCAACGUGGCCCCUAUUGCAACGGCGCUGCAGACUGCACUUACGCCGGCCACUCCUGGGGAUUUGCAGGCGCUCUCUGCAGUACUCGGCUGGCUGUCUGCCGAGUAUCUGGCCGACGACUCUACCGACUACUACGGUGAUGACGAUGACGGGGACCGGGCCGAUGAGACGACGCCCGCGGCGAUGCACCGGCGCGAGGUGGCAGUCAGGCUCCUGGCUGAGCACCUGUGGCCCUUUGCAGACGGGCUAUUUGAAGCCGAGAUUGUCAGGUCCAUCACCAAGGCGCCUAUUGUCCCUGAUGCGCUUAAGAUCGAGCCUGCAGCCAGUGGAGACGCGUCGUCCAACGCGUACCCUCCUGUGAAGCAGGCGCUGGACCUGCUCAUAAUGUUUGACCGGUGCAUGCCUAAGGAGAGAUGUCAACGCAGCAGCCCAGUCGUCUUCAAGAUAGUGAAGGAGUCGAUCCAGGGGCUGCAACGGGCCGAGGCCAAGAUCAAAUCGAGCAAGAAUGGCACAGAUCCGGACCUAUUCAUGAUCAAAAAUCUACUCAUCCUGAAGAACGAGCUGCUCACUCUCGAAAUUGGCGACGUACGAAGCCAAGGGGAGGGAAUGGAGCACUUUGGCCAGAUAUGGGAUGCCAUCUCAACAGCGCAGGGAUGGGUCGGCUACUUCAGCAGUUUUAUACCGGGGGCUUCGCUCUUCUCGCGCGGCUCACCCGCUCCGGGCAGGACAGGCACACCUGCUACCGGAACGCCCGGAACGCCUGGAAUGGGAGCUGCCGAUAAUCAAGACGCGAGUGAGCAACUGGACGAGCUUCUACGACAGUCCAUCGUCGCGUUCACAAGACGCUGGGGCACACUGGUCAACGACGCGCAGACGCGAAAACUUGGGGGUAAGAACAUGGCCAAGCUAGAGCGCGACCUGGAUGAGCUGUUGCAGAAGGUUUUUGGCAACCAGCCCGAGGUUGUGGCCAAGCUCAAGGAGGCUAUCCAACUCAACGCCCAGGCACAGGGGGACAAAAACAGCAAGGUGUCACGGGUAUGA